AUGGAGUUUGUUCUUCCAGCUGAGGCGGCCGCAGUGAACGCUAGGGCCUUGCAAGAGGUGAAUGCAUACGUGGAAGCAUUGACCUCAAGUCAAUCUCAUCCUGUGGUGGCUCGGACUGUGACCUUCUUCAAACCUCGAGGGAAGGAGGUGGCCAAGGGCGGUCGCCUACGGCCGGUCAUGCAGUGCAGCUUUGAACUCGGCUCUAUACCUCCGGGUGCCGACCACCCUACUCGAGAGGCCUUGGCGGCACACCUAGUCCGAGAUAUAGAGACGGCCUUGCUGGCUGAGAGCCCUUCAAUGUUCAGUUCAAAGCCUCUUAAGGGGACGCAAUUUGAGUCCCUUAUGAAAUCCGGAAGCGUCCCAUCGUCUAAGAAGGAUGACCCAUGGAGGAAGCUCUGGGAUGAUGACACUCAGGAAAGGAUGUUCAAAAUGUCGCUCUAUGACGCGGAAACCGAGGAGGAGCGACGGAGUCGGGUUUAUAGGGAAGAGCUCUUCAAUCGCUACCUGUAUAGGGUAGCGAGGAAGGCUGUGAAGACGAAGAGCGAGAAAAGGAAAAUGGCGCGCUUGAUGGACGCUGAACGGGUCGCCAUGCAAAUGGUUGAUGAGAAGCUACGGAAACAGGCACCGCGGGAAGUCGACCCCCUAGCCGCUGGUGAUGAUGAUGACCAAGAGACUCCAACUGAGUUCGUUCAACGUAAAGCUCGCGUGAUAGAGGGUGGCUUUCAUCCCGAUCUGGUCUUCUAUUCUCCUCAGCUUACCGAUCCAACCAAGCGGCAAGAAGGAAUCUCAAGGAUAUGCGGAUUGGAGUUGGACAAUGAUGGAGAUAUGUGGCUGCUUGAGAAUGUAUGGCGAGUCGUCCGAGCACCACCGACGCCUCUGCCUCUUGUCAUCGGUACGAAUUUCGAAGCGUUGCACGAUAAAGGAUACUUCGAGAUACCCUAUAAUUUCGAGUUGAAGGAUUUGGUUGACUUUCUAGAGGAACAUAUGGAUGCAUUGAAGGAGUCUCGAGCGAAACUGAUCGAUGAACUCUACGUUGUUUAAAUCACGAGUUGAGGAAUUUUAUGAGCAUGUU